AUGUUUAUGCUUUCUUCCUGCGUUUCAGCUUGGCCAAUUAAACUUGCUCGCUGGACCGAGUUGACUUGGGUACCGAACUUGAUCGAGGGCUGUGAUUUCGAGUAGUGGCUCGUGGUCAUGGAGCCUCCAAAAGGAUAUCCACUUGGGGACGACAUUGUCAGUGGCUACGUCAAAACCCUAGCUUGCAUUGGGAUGCGCUACACUGUUGAUAUUUGCAGUGAAGAAGAAGCAAAGACGUCAAUAUACUCUGUUUAAACCAAGUACUACUAUGCAUUUGGUUGCAAGAUCCCCUUUUGGAUCUUGACUUACAAGAUCAAAUCUCUGCCUAAUGUGAAAUGGUUGCUGCCAGAUUCCUAUUUAUGUCCUGGUGAAAGCAAUGGUUGCUGCCAGAUUCCUAUUUAUGUCCUGGUGAAAGCGCCUAUGGAGCUACCAUAUGACUUUAGUACAAAAAGAUGA